AGUAAUUGCGGGUUGCGGUGCCGAAUUGUCCACCACACCACUACUCCAAUGUGUAGGUGGAAACUCAUUCCUUCUUCAUCUUUCUCUUCUGUCGUCAACUCUGUUUAAUUACUACUUUAUUCUCUCGCACUACCCACUUGUGAUUCCUUCAUUUUCAUCGUCAAUCUCACGUCCCCCACCUCUUCUCUUUAGGAUUGUAUUCUUAGAGGGUACAUCCAUUCCAUCCAACAGUGUGUUUGCCCUCCUGUCCCAAACCCAAGUCGUUGGUGUUUUUGUAUUAUUUCCCCUUCCAUCUCCUUUCCCCUAUCCCCCUUCACUUUUUCGAUAAGUCGAAUUCUUUAGUUUUAUCCCAGCCACGUCUCGUUGUUCUUCUGGAGUCUGAAAUUUUGACGUUAUCUCUGCGUCAAUGUCACUUCAUCUUUCGUUGUUCCUCUCCGAGCCUGAAGGAUUACCCUAAGAGACAUGGAGAUGAGGUCCAGGCUAAUUCACGCUCAUAAAAUUCAUGUACAGCGCCGAAAAAUUUCCGUACAAGUUUCCGAAGUCACUCUUGGGGUUCGAGAAGAACUAUGACUGGCCUCUCUCAGAAUGGCUCGAGGGAGCCCAACGAAAGAGAUGCCCUGAUCGGUGACACUAUUCGAGCCAACUCCGGCCUUGUUCCACGCCAUAAACGCAGGCCGUGGGCUUACUGGCCGGUAAGAGUUGUCCACUUGACAUGGGCUACCCUUGUACGAGACUACGUCAAUCUCCUCCUAGUGUUCGUACCGUUUGGCAUUAUUGCAGGCGCUCUUGGCUGGGAUAGUACAGCUGUUUUCGCACUGAAUUUCCUAGCAAUCGUGCCAUUAGCAUCUCUGUUGAGCUUCGCGACCGAGGAGCUAGCAGCGGCGAUGGGUCAGGCCCUAGGCGGAUUAAUGAACGCUACCUUUGGCAAUGCCGUGGAAUUGAUCGUUAGUAUCAUUGCCCUGAAGGAUGGGCAAAUCCGUGUCGUCCAGGCUAGUAUGCUCGGUAGUAUACUGUCUAAUAUCCUCCUGGUGCUAGGAUGCUGCUUCUUUGUUGGGGGUAUUCGUUACUCUGAACAAUCCUUUAACACUACGGUGGCAUCGACCAUGUCGUCACUGAUGACCGUUGCAUCUGCUUCUUUGAUCAUCCCUGCGACACUUUACGCAUCUCUGUCUUCAGCUGGCGAUGGGGCUAACAGAGACAAGAAUAUUCUCAUCCUUUCACAUGGCACUGCAAUCAUUUUGCUGAUUCUAUAUGUGAUGUACCUUUAUUUCCAGCUCAAGUCACAUGCGUCGUUCUUUGAGGAAACCACCCCAGACCCGGAAAAUACAGGCGAUGAUGUGGCGGAAGAGGAGGAAGAGCACAUCCUUUCCCCUUGGGCUGCCUGUAUUGCUUUGGUUGUGGUGACAAUUCUCGUCGCCGUAUGUGCCGAUUAUCUUGUUGGCAGCAUUGAUUCUAUCGUGGAGAGCACUGGUAUGAGUCGAACCUUCAUCGGUCUGAUCCUCAUCCCCAUUGUAGGAAAUGCUGCGGAACAUGUGACAGCGGUUGUGGUCGCUUGGAAAGGAAAGAUGGAUCUUGCCAUUGGGGUCGCCAUCGGCAGUAGCCUGCAGAUCGCUCUAUUUGUCACGCCCUUCCUCGUUAUUCUGGGCUGGAUCCUCGAUGUGGAUAUGACUCUCCACUUCCACAUCUUCGAAACCGUCGCCUUUUUUAUCUCCGGCUUAGUUGUAACAUUCUUGAUCCAGGAUGGGAAGUCAAACUAUCUUGAAGGCGGCUUGUGUCUGGGAAUGUACGUUAUUCUGGCUCUGGCAUUCUAUGUAUACCCAGACCAGGCCACCGACGACGCCCUGUUUCACACAUGA